CCGCCGCGCGCCUCAGCCGCCAGAUUUGCCGUUAAUCUCGCGCGCUGGUCUGUGUUGUCCGUGUGUGUGUGUGUGUGUGUGUGUGUGAGGAUCAAGUGGCGCGAGCCCUCGGUACCUGGUGGAGUGCGCGCGCCCUGAGAGGAGUGGAAAGUAAAUGUCCGGGACCCCGCGCGCGAGGCGGGCAUGAGCCGCGUGGGGAAGGAGAGCAGCGCGUGCGGGAGCGAGGAGGACGCGGUGCUGCUGGAGCGGAGACGCGCGAGCACGUGCGCGCCGCAGCGAUGAUGAGGGACGGGCGCGAGCUCCGGGACGCUGAAGGGGCAACGGGACCGCAGUGAAGCGCCAUGGCCAAGAUCAUCAUCCCCCUACUGUGGCUCGUGACGGAGCUCCGCGCGAGCGCCCAGCAGGUCCUGCGCAUCGGGGGCAUUUUUGAGACGUUGGAGAAUGAGCCAGUCAGCGUGGAGGAACUGGCCUUUAAGUUCGCAGUGACCAACAUUAACAGAAAUAGGACGCUAAUGCCCAAUACCACACUCACCUAUGACAUACAGCGCAUCAACCUGUUCGACAGCUUUGAGGCUUCUCGCAGAGCGUGUGACCAGCUUGGGCUGGGCGUGGCUGCUGUCUUUGGCCCCUCCCACAGCUCUUCAGUCAGUGCAGUGCAGUCCAUUUGCAAUGCCUUGGAGGUACCGCACAUCCAGACCCGGUGGAAACAUCCGUCUGUGGACAACAAGGACAGCUUCUACAUCAACCUGCACCCAGAUUAUGCCCCCAUCAGUCGGGCCGUGCUGGAGAUUGUGCAGUUCUACAAGUGGAAGACGGUCACGGUUGUCUAUGAAGACGCAACAGGUCUGAUUCGUCUCCAGGAGCUGAUCAAAGCUCCUUCUCGAUACAACAUUAAGAUAAAGAUCCGUCAGCUGCCGGUGGGGAGCAAAGACGCCCGGCCACUUCUCAAAGAGAUGAAGAAAGGCAAAGAGUUCUGCGUGAUCUUUGACUGCUCCUACCAGACGUCCGUAGAGGUGCUCAAACAGUUGCUGUUUAUGGGCAUGAUGACCGAAUAUUACCAUUUCUUCUUUACCACACUGGAUUUGUACUCUCUGGACCUGGAGCCGUAUCGGUACAGCGGGGUGAAUAUGACGGGUUUCCGUCUGCUCAACAUCGAUAACCCUGAGGUGGCGUCUGUGCUGGAGAAGUGGUCCAUGGAGCGAAUGCAGGCUCCACAAAAACCCGAGAGUGGUCUGAGCGAGGGCAUGAUGACGACGGAGGCGGCUCUGAUGUAUGAUGCUGUUUACAUGGUGGCGGCGGCGUCCCAGCGAGCGUCCCAGAUCACCGUCAGCUCUCUGCAGUGCCACAGACACAAACCGUGGCGCUUCGGCUCGCGCUUCAUCAGCAUGGUCAAGGAGGCUCAGUGGAACGGACUGACUGGACAAAUAAUCUUAAACAAGACAGAUGGUUUGAGGAAGGAUUUCGACCUGGAUGUUGUCAGUCUGAAAGAGGACGGCAUGGAAAAGAUUGGGGUGUGGAACUCAAAUUUAGGGCUUAACUUGACAGACAGUGUUCGAGACAAGUCGACUAAUGUUACAGACUCCAUGGCCAACCGGACCCUAAUCGUCACCACCAUUCUGGAAAACCCAUAUGUGAUGUAUAAGAAGUCAGAUAAGCCGCUUUAUGGGAACGACCGGUUCGAGGGCUACUGUCUGGACCUUCUGAAGGAGCUCUCCAACAUCCUGGGCUUUUCCUAUGAGGUCAAACUGGUGUCAGAUGGCAAGUAUGGUGCGCAGAAUGAUAAAGGCGAGUGGAACGGGAUGGUCCGUGAGCUCAUAGAUCACGUGGCGGAUUUGGCCGUGGCUCCCCUCACCAUCACCUAUGUCAGGGAGAAGGUCAUUGACUUCUCCAAGCCCUUCAUGACUCUGGGCAUCUCCAUUCUGUACCACAAACCCAACGGCACCAACCCGGGCGUCUUCUCCUUCCUCAACCCGCUCUCACCUGACAUCUGGAUGUACGUCCUGCUCGCCUGCCUCGGAGUCAGCUGUGUCCUCUUCGUCAUCGCCAGAUUUACUCCUUAUGAAUGGUACAACCCGCAUCCCUGCAAUCCCGACUCUGAUGUGGUGGAGAACAACUUCACUCUGAUCAACAGUAUCUGGUUCGGCGUUGGAGCCCUCAUGCAGCAAGGUUCAGAGCUGAUGCCCAAAGCUCUGUCCACCAGGAUCGUUGGAGGAAUCUGGUGGUUCUUCACCCUCAUCAUCAUCUCGUCCUAUACAGCUAAUCUGGCUGCUUUCCUCACUGUGGAGCGGAUGGACUCCCCGAUCGACUCGGCCGACGACCUGGCCAAGCAGACCAAGAUAGAGUACGGAGCAGUGAGGGACGGGUCUACCAUGACCUUCUUCAAGAAAUCGAAGAUCUCCACCUAUGAGAAAAUGUGGGCCUUUAUGAGCAGCCGUAAGAACACGGCGCUGGUGAAGAACAACCGCGAAGGGAUCCAGCGUGUGCUGACCACAGACUACGCCCUGCUGAUGGAGUCCACCAGCAUCGAGUACAUCAGCCAGAGGAACUGCAACCUCACCCAGAUCGGGGGGCUCAUAGACUCCAAAGGAUACGGAGUGGGGACCCCUAUCGGUUCUCCGUAUCGGGAUAAGGUGACGAUAGCGAUCCUGCAGCUGCAGGAAGAAGGGAAGCUGCACAUGAUGAAGGAGAAAUGGUGGAGAGGGAACGGCUGCCCGGAGGAGGACAGCAAAGAGGCCAGCGCUCUCGGCGUGGAGAACAUCGGUGGAAUUUUCAUCGUUCUGGCUGCUGGACUGGUGCUGUCUGUCUUUGUGGCCAUCGGAGAGUUCAUCUACAAAUCACGCAAGAACCUGGAUGUGGAGGAGGUCAGCGUGGGCCAGUGCGAGUGGCACAACAAGUUCUGACAGACAGAACGUGUCCAGAGCCGUGGACACUACGACUUACCCACAAAACAUUCUUCAGAACUUCUUUAUAAACAUUUUUUGUUCAGGACAGCCAACUUACGGAGCAGAACCAGGGCUGGUUUCAGCUUUGGAUGCCCACAGACUGUACGUGGACGUGACCAGCGCUGAAAAAUGAAGCUGGACCGCUUGGUGGGGACGAUCCUUACACUGCAGGUUAAGACAUGGAGAACUGCAACGCAGCGAUUGCAAAUCUUUCAUAGGGUAGUUAGUUUCAACGUAGUUUUCACGUAGAUAAGAAAAACUUCUCUACUGAAGCUCUUUUUUCCUAAGAUAUCUUUUACGAAAGCUCUGCGAUUGUUAUGAGCUUUCUCUUUUACACCUGAAAGAGGCUGAACAGGGUGAUUUAUGCUGAAUUAGGACACUUUAAAAAACACAAUCUAUAUAUAUUAAUAACAUUUUAUUUUAAUUGGUGAACAUUACAGUACUGGGCAAAAGUCAUAGACCACCUUUCAUUUCUCUCAUUUCCAGUCAAAGCAUUGAUUAAGAUUUUCACAAGAAACGGACGUGAAUAACCACUGGGUAAAACAAGUUCCACUGCCUUACGGUCAGUUACUAACCUCAGAAACACAGGCGUUCAUAUCACUUUAGCCACCACAGAAAGGUGUGUACCUUUAUCUUUGUCAUAGUUGCCAAGAUUGAACAUCAAACACACAACAAUAGGAGUUCAGACUAAAUUAAGGACAUAAGUGAUUCGUGGAAAAAUUCCUUCACAGCUAUCAGAACACAGUAAUGUCAGCUAACCUCUACACAGUGAUAAACCGAUGGACGGGUGAAACUAACUAGAACCAAAACACUAGAUUAGCCAUGUUAGCUGGAGAUGUUGAAACAGCUCGAUAACAUUAAACUAGUUCAAGUGGCUAAAAGCUAAACAUGCGCACAUCCCCACAGGGGGGCAUGCCAGGUCGUCAGGGUCGGUAGCGCAACUGUAGACGAUUUAUAUGCUGGAUUCCUGAUACGUUUAAUCUUCUACGAGAAACUGUCAAAGACUGAAAAGUCACGAGGCUGAAGUCAGUGUCUUGUUCGAAUUUUCCCGUUUCCCCUUUGGUGCAGCAAUUACAUUCUGCCGGCUCAGGCACCAUUUAAGGUGGAACCGCCAGCUCCAGUGAAUGAACAUCUACUCCCCAUUGAGCACUCGCUGUCUUAGGUUAUGUUUACACAGCAGGUAAAAGUGUCCCAAAACCGAUCUUUUUCUCCGUAUGUGACACAGGUGUCUGUCAGUGUGAACAGAUAAACACACGGAAUCUGACAUUUUUCAAUUACAAUUUGAGAGGCUUUCAUAUGUGGUACUGAAAUCCGAUCUGUAUCCGAUCUGCGGCAAUGCGACUCGGUUUGAACAGCCAGAUCGGAAUUCAUGCAACUUUUACGUCAGUCCAACUCAACAUUAGUUAGGCUCAAAGAUUUAGGCUGAUGGUUCAGUACCACAAAAUUCUAAGAGACUUAUCACAGCCGCUCCGUGUUCAUAGAGGUUUCAAACUAAACGGCCGAAUGUGUCCGGAGGAGCACGACGCUGUAGUGUCAGAGAAUAGUUUCAAGAAUCUGAGGACACGAGCCAAAGAAGUGGCCGUGGCCGAGUAACGCACCCUUUUUACAGCGGACUCAAACUCAUUGUGGGUGAUGAGCCCAGUUGUCAACGAUUGGAACCUCACAAUCAAUCCUGUGAUGCUGAUGAAGACGAAACUGAAGCUCUGGGAGUGACUGGCGUUCCCUGGCCAUCAUGAUUGUUUACCUCUGGAUGAGCCAUGUGAAGCAUGGUUCUUUUGCGUAUGCGGGUCAGUUUAGGAGCUGAUCUGUUCAGACUGAUGUCACAUACAGAUCACAUUUAAGAUAUAAUGUGAUCAGCCAAACAAAAAAAUUGGAUUUGGUGGGAAAAUCAGUCUUUGGCCACUUUUACCUGCUGCAAAAACGUAGCCUUGGACACUGACAGCUUUUGAAGGAGAGCAUGAAAACUGUUCCACUGAAAGCGGCUGCAGCAGCAACUUUAAAUCACGAACUGCAUUCAGUAUAACGUUAGUCAGCGCUGAGACGCAGACACUGGGGUUCUUUUACUCCGUAUGACGAAGUUUGUGCAGUUAAUAAAGGAAUAAUCUCAUUUUCCUUUGAUCAUAGUCAGUUGACAAACCACUGAAACUGAGAUGAGGUUGUUUUUGCUUCAAGCUCUAAUCCUUGAUGAGUGAGCUGUAAACGCUCUGCUCGUCAUCGUUGCUGUUGUAAUUGCUUUAGCGGAAGCAGCGAGAAAUUCCAGCAGGAAAACUGCAGAAAUCUGAAAAGGGCCUGUUUGGAUCAUGAGAAGCAGAAAACACUAAACCAACUUUGGAACUUUGGGAAUGUUUUCUCUUAAACAAGUUUUCUGCUUCUUUCUGACACUGAAAAAUGAACGAAAACUUGUACUUCAUUUCUGUUUUGACUGGAAAUAAUAGCUAUAAUUCUUUGCACAGUGCUGUACGUGCUUAAUUGUAAUGACUGGUUAGUGAUUCUGGUCUCAUUUCUUUAUAUGAUUUAACUCUGGAAGCAUCUUUCUUCACCCAUUUAUUCAAAAUCCUCCUUUUCCUCCAUUGUGUAUGCAGUGAUUCUUCUUUUAUAUCGUUUGACUUCUAGGAAAAUGCAUGUAAAUGUAUUUUGGGUUGCUAAUGUCUCUUUCUAAUGUAUAUUCGAACGGUGGGGACGUUUCAUUUCCUUGUUUCCUGUUCCUGUAUCCAUUCUUAUUUCCUACUGUAUUCAUAUUGUUCUUCUGUACGUAAGUUUUAUGGUUAUGAGUGGGUGUACGGAUGUGUAAUCAGCUGUAUAUUCUGCCGUAAAAUCACUCCUGGCUGUUUUAUGACUGUUAAUGCUUAGAAAUACAGAUAUUUCUGGUUCGAUAUUUUCA